AUCGGAAGCAGUUGCACAGGCUUCACUGGCACUCGUAUACUGUGCUAUUUGUAGUAUUAUAUAUAAUGAUGAGGUAAUAUUAAAUCUUUGCAGAGAAUUGUUCAUUUUCUCCACAGGACUACAAGAUAUAUCAAAGGAAAAUCAUAGCAUGGUGCUUGAGUUUGUCCUCCUGGGUUUAACUAACUCCUCACAGCUGCGGAUCCCUUUCUUCAUAUUUUUCCUAGUAGUUUACCUGUUCACCCUUCUGGGGAAUCUUGGCAUGAUCCUAUUAAUCAGGAUUGACUCCCAGCUUCAUACCCCCAUGUACUUCUUCCUCAGCAAACUGUCCUUUGUUGAUCUCUGCUAUUCCUCUGUGGUGACUCCUAAACUCUUGAUGGAUUUUGUAGUGAAAAAUAACACAAUUUCUUGGGGUGGAUGUGCAGCGCAGAUGUGGUUUUUUGGGCUUUUUGUCGCCAUAGAGUGUCAUCUGUUGGCUUCCAUGGCUUAUGACCGAUACAUAGCAAUUUCCAAGCCUCUUCUCUAUACAGUCAUUAUGUCUAGGAACGUUUGCAUCUUUUUGACAGCAGUACCGUAUCUCUUAGGGCUGCUGAAUGGUACUGUACAUACCAGCUUAACAUUUCAGUUAAUUUUCUGCAAGGCCACAAUCAAUCAUUUCUUCUGUGACAUCCCUGCUGUGAUAUCACUCUCCUGUUCCGAUACAAGCUUCAACCUGGCUGUGCUUUUUGGACUGUCUUUUGCCCAAGGUACUCUUAGUGGCUGUAUUGUUAUCAUCUCCUACAUCUACAUUCUUGUUGCCACCCUUAAAAUCCGCUCCACUAAAGGAAGGUGGAAAGUCUUUUCCACCUGCUCUUCCCAUCUCACUGCUGUUUCUAUAUUCUAUGGGACACUUUUCUUUAUCUAUGUGAGGCCCAGUUCUGGUUCAACAGUGGAAGAAGACAAGGUUGUUUCCAUGUGCUACACCAUUAUGAUCCCCAUGUUGAACCCUAUGAUCUACAGCCUGAGGAACAAGGAGGUGAAGGAUGCAGUGAAGAGAAUUCUCAGGAGGAAACAUUUCCCAUAGAAUCAAAGAAUCAGAGAAUCUGAGAAUCAGAGAAUGAUGGAGUUGGAAGAGACCACAUGGGCCAUCCAAUCCAACCCCCUACCAUCAUCUAUUUUCCACCUGCAGAAGUGUAUAGUCAUUCUUCCACAUUUUUGAGUUAUUAUUGUAUUGCUAUAUUUUCUGUGGCCUCCACCACUGCCCUGUGUUGUUGCCAUGUGCCUUCAAGCCAUUUCCAACUUAUGGCACUUCUAAGGUGAACCUAUCAUAAGUUUUCUAAGCCUAAGAAUGUGUGACUUACACAAGAUCACCCAUGGGUUUUCAUGGCCGAGCAGGGAUUUGAACCCUAUUCUCCAGGAUUAUAAUUCAGUGCUAAAACUACUAUCCCAUGCUGGCUCAUUUUUUAAAAAAAAUGCUUACAAUUUUUAUUAAUAUUCAUGGCUACCCACCUGCUCAGGGAUGCUGCAUUUCUAUGAGGGCUAUCCAGAAAGUAGAUUACAUUUUGGAAUUAAAAAUGAACAAAGUAUAGGAGAAAACAUUUACCAUAUGCAGUUGAAAGCCAGACCCAAAUACCACUUCUCAAUAUAGUCCCCAUUGAAAUCUAGGCAGUUAUCAUAGCGAUAAAAGAGUUUGGAAAGUCCUUCCCCACCAAACUUUGCCGCUUGGCUUGCGUCCUCAACCAGGCGGGUGUCCCUUCCCGCAGCUGCGCAUGUGCAUGCACUCAACUUUCCCCCACGCUCGUCCUGGAAUGCUCUUCUGUUUUGCAAAUGCUAGCAAGGAAGGUUAUGGCGACCAUUUUUUGGGACGGGAAAGGUGUGCUCCUUGCAAAACCUUAGAAGAGCGAUCCAGCAGGGAAAAAAAUGAUCUCAUGUUUGUUGGGUCAGGUUUGAGCUUAAAUUAGGUUCUGUCUCUUUGAGCUCUUCAGAGUGGACAACUUCGAGAAACCAUCUUGUUCAUGAACAGCUCUCGUUUUGCCUAUGUUGGUGAAUAGAUUUUACAUUGCUUAAGUUCCUGUUUUCAUGAUAUGGAUUAUUGACUAUGCUUUGACUCCUUGGAUUCUCAUGUACCUUGUUAUAUUGGCACUCACAUAUCUUGGAUAUUCUGUCUUUUGAUAUCAUGGAUUUUCAUGGACAUUACCUGUUUGGACUUUUGAUCUUGGUAUUUUGGACUAUUGCUAUUUUAUAGCACCUUUUCUACUGCCUUUCGGGAAAUACUUUUUUCUCCUUUUGUAUUUGCCUUCUGUAAAUAAACUUCUGUAGUUACCAUCUGCUGGAUUCUGAUUGAUGCUGGGGGAAAAGGUGUUUCUGACCCAGUAUGCAACACAUUGUAUUUCAAUAAUUUGUAUUUGGGACAGUCUAAAUGAUAAGGACUUCAGUGGUUGAGCAUUAGACUGCAACUCCAAAGAUCAAGGUUUGAAUUUGUACUCAGCCAUAAAAGCUCACUGGACAAUCUUGGGUAAGUUACAUUCUCUCACGUUUAGAGCAAAAUAAAGUUUUUAAAAAAGCAAACUGCCUCUGAGCAAAUUUUGCCAAGAAAAACCCAAGAUAAGUUCUCUUCAGGGUUGUCAAAAGUGAAAAAUGACUUUGGAGACAAACAACAACAACAUAACAGAACUAUAGAUUAAUGUCUGGAAAUAAUUUUUGAAACAUUGCAAAAUAUGUCAUUUGCUAUGACAUAUUCAAAGAAAGAUGGGGGCAUAGAGGAGGCUGUUAUUAUUUCUUCCUGUAGAUACAAGAAAUGUAUUUCCGGACAACACCCUGCAAUUAUGUAUAUUCAGAAACACUGGAAGGAAAGAGCACCCUUCAUCACAUAUCCAAAACUAUGGGAGUGUAUGGCACUCGUCCUCAGUUAAAAUUGAUCAUUUCCCUCCUGAAAGAGAAGAAACUGAGCAAUUUGAUAUGCACUGUUGGCUAAGAUCAGUUAGAAAAAUAGCCCAA